CGGGCUUAACAUAGACAAGUUCAAGACCAUUGACUAAUUACAUGUUUGACGUUCAGAUUAAUAAUUUGCUUUGAAUGUUUUGAUCUUUAGAUGUAGCCGUUAUUAUAGGUCUCGGACUAUCAGUUAUAUAGUAUAUAAUUAUGAUUUACUAGAAGUAUUUUAAUAUAAUAAUAAUAUCUAUGAUUUUGAAUCAAAUUGGUAUUUAAUUUAAUGAAUUAUUAUCGUGUAUCAUAAUACAGUAUUAUAUUAAUAAGGAUUUACAAACAAACUUCAAAUACUAUCUCUAGUAUUUGCUUCUAUGCUUAGAAAUAUACGUAGGAGUCAUAGAACAGUAGCCGAUAAGGUACUACUAACUAGUAACCAGUAACUGCAGACAUCUGACUUAUAAAUGUAGACAAUGAACCUAACUAUAGUAACUAUUAACGUCUAAUAAUUUAGAUAAAUAUUUAUUAAUUUUGUAAUCCCGCUUAAUAUCGUGUUAUUAGUUAAUUAUUAUCAAAAAUAAUUGCAAUAUUUACGUAAUCUUGAUUUUUUUUAAUAACUAAAUUUAAAUUUUGUUUAGUGAUUUUAUAUUAUUAAUGUAAAUUAUAUUUGUGCUACCUAUUGGCUAUUCCAAUAAUCAUUAAUUAAAUUUAAUACUGAAUUAAGGGUAAGACAAUUACCAAAUUAAAUAGUAUUAUUUUGGUUAAUAUGACUGAUAAAAUAAUGGGUUAUGUAACCAAUUUUUUAUAAUCAAUUUUUGUAAAUAUAUUUGUGUUAAGUGAAAUAAUUUUAAAUUUUAAUGUUAUCCAUAGUUAGAGAAUAUGGCUGACCCAUCUAUUCAAACAUUUUGUUGCCGUAGAGCUCUUGAUUAUCUUCCAGCUUAUAAACUUAUGAAUGAAUUUAAUACUGACCGUUUUAAUAUGGUGUGUUUAUUGUCUUCAUUAAUCGGAUUAUCUGGUGCAACAUAUCAGGUAAUAGUAGAUUUUUGAUUUUUUGAUUUGUUAAUUUCAUUUCAUUUAGCUAUUUUUCCAGAUACUGCCAAAAAUGGAGCCAAAAGUUCCAAAUAGAUUUUAUUCUAAUAUUAUGCGACGAGGAAAAAAUAUUAUUAUGUGGUUAGCAAUAGCAGAUUUUUGUGCAUCAUUGGGUACCUAUAUAUAAAUAUUUGGUUUAAUAUUAUGAUAUUAAUAUUUUUUAUUUGCAAACAAACGAUAUCGUAAUUUCAAUAACAUACAAAUAGUACUUUACUCACCUAUAAGCAAAAGCUUAUGAUGGAGGAGUGAGGUUCUUAAAUUAGUUGAUAUAUAAAUAUAUACAAAAUACCAACAAUAACAAUAAAAUAAUUAAGUGAAUAUCUUUUUACAGAAUUAGAGAUAUAACAAUAAAGAUUAAUUUUUAUUUAAAUAUGAAUAUCAAUAACAUGACACAUUAAAAUUUAUUUAUAUUACAACUAUUAAUUACAGUCGAGUCGCGAUAACUCAAAGUUGAAGGGGGAUAAAAAUUCAAUUUGAUAUAUGUAUUAUUCAAGAUACCUUACUUAAAUUUAUCAAAAUUAAAUUAAAACUUCGAGUUAUGUAAUGAAAUAUAAUUUUAAAAGUGUACGAUAAAAUAUGUGUAAUACAAUAUAAAUGUAUAUAUAUAAUAUAACAAUAUAUAUAUAAAUGUAAUACAAUAACUAAAAUAGAUAAGAUGGUAUUAUAAGAAGGUCAUUUUUGAUUUUUCCAAAAGUUGUUUUAUUAAAUGCAAAAACUUAAAGAAAAAGUAAAAACAGGAAAAUGUACGAAAUAUAUUUGUAUAAUAAGUGAUAUACUUCGACUAAGCUAUUUAUCACAAUUUUAUAUUUGAGUUAACAAGACUUAUAAUACAUUAAUUGUUAAGAGAAUUUCUUGGGGAAUUAAAAAAAAAUCGAGUUUUUCGAGUUAUCGAGACUUAACUGUAUUUGAAUUUUAAAAAUUAAAAAUUUUUUUUUUUAGUUUGUUCUUUUAUACAAAUAAAAAUAAUUUAUUUUAAUUAUAUACACUACUUAUAAUAUAAAUUAUAGACAUUUUUAUUUCCAUUUAAUUUAUAUUGAGACACUUACUUUUUUUUUUCUAAUAUAGAUAUCAUUCAAAUAGUAUUUUAUACAUAAGUUAUUUUGGUUUUAGGUAUUCUUUUAAGAUCUUGCUUAAAACUAAUGCAUCAUUUUCAGUGGUAUGACGCACAACCGUACACUGUAACUUGUAUUUUUUUGGCGGUAAAUUUAAAACAACUUAAUUACCUAUUAUAUAUAUACAUAUGUAUCUGUGUAAAAUUUAAUAUUGAUAUCUUUUCUAUGAACAGGUUUGGAUUCAGUAUUUUUAUAUGGUUACUUGGUUGUGGACUUUGUCAUACGCUAUAGAUAUGUGGAGAGCGUAUCAAGAUAAACACUCAUGUAGAAAACUAUAUCAUUUAAUUGUUUGGAUAUUUCCUGCAAUAUUUACAUUUAUUGGAUUAUCUACUCUUUAUACACCAGACGCCAAGUAAAUACAACUAAGAUUUUCUUCAAUUAUUACAUUUAUGAUCUUUAUUUGAUUAUAUUGUCUUUUAAUAAUUUUAGCUGCCACAAUUUAAGCCCUAAAGAAAAUGUUGUUAUGAAAUUCUUUCCAAACUAUUUUUUUACAUUUCUACCUGUCAUCAUUGUUAUGGUAAUCAAUCCCGUGCUAUAUUCUAUAUCUACGGGAUACAUAUAUCAUAUAAUAACUUCAUAUAUGGCACAGUAUUCAACAAAUGAACGAAAAAUGUUAGAUUUAUUUAAACAGAGAUUUGCACUUAUUAAUUUUGGAUUUUAUUUGUGUUGGACACCCAAUUUAAUUAAUGCAAUACUAGUUUGGACAUCAUGGGAUAAUUUGCCUAGUGGAGUAAUGCUAACACUUUGGUAUAUGAUGGUAUGUGUCUACAUUUUCAUUGGCUAAAAAUGAUUGUAUUUUUUAAUACCUAGGUUUUUUAGAUAUCUAAAUUCUAUUAAAAACAAUUGCCAUAAUAAUUAUAAAUUAUAAAUGUUAUGUUUUUUUUUUUUCUAAAGAUAAAUCUGAUUUUGAAAUAUUUUUUUUUUUAUAAACCACACAUUAAUUAUUGUGUUUGUUAAAAAAAAUUAAAAAUCAAAGAUUUUAUUGUUCAGAUUGAUAAUUCACUUUCACCAAAAUUUAUUACAUUAAAUAUUUGUAAUAAUUUUUUUUAUUUUUGAUUUUAGGCUAUUUUAAAUCCCAUGCAAGCAUUUUUUAAUAGUUUUCUUUAUAAUUUACUUGAACAUACAGAACAAAUCUGUUGUCACUGUUUUGGCACACAAAGUCGAGUACAGGAAAUGACAGAACGUAGACCAUUAUUAAUAGCUAAUGUGAAAGGUUCGUCAAAUUCAAAUGGAUAUGAAAUGAUUGAAUAAUUCUUGAAGUUUAGUAAUAACAAUUGAUAACUAUAGUAUGUAAACAAAUUUUGUUAAUUUUUCUAAUUUUUAUGUAUUUAUGAA